AUGACUCCGUCGAUCGCCGAAAAGGCGAUCAGGGAUGGCUUGGCGACGUUGAAGAAGGCGACCGCGCCUUGGAGCACUGAUGUCCAGACCGCGUUUACGAAGGUGGACAAGGCCGGCAAGGCAGUCCUCGCGCCAAACACGAAGAAGACCCAAACUCCCUCUGCACCGAACGUGACGGAUGAUCUCCGUCACGCGUUCGUGCCGCUUUACGAGCACUUCACUCAGGAUGCGCUGCAACUCGCGGCGGCCAUCUUCACGAUAUGCGUGAAGCAGCGUGCGCUGCCGGCGAGGAGUAAGGGCGAUAUGGAGGGCGCGGAGAGGUGGGAAGGGGUUGUCGCUUCUGUGAUUGAUGGGGUGUUGGACUAUCACGAGAAAGACGAAAGCAGCACCACGAAGCUUGCGAUCAGCCGCGCCUUCUACAAGAACAUCGCGCUGCACUUUUUCGCCUCGGGUUCAUCAUCUUCGGCUUUCUCUAUCUCUUUGAGACAGACUGUAUAUACACUGCUUUGUUAUACCUCGACGCAUCAUCCGGAGAAUCAGGAGACGCUUCGGAAGCUCGUCUCACCGGAGAAGUUCGGUCAGGUCAUCUACGCAUGUAAAGAUUCGCUCCCGCAAGAUGAGCUUCUCAACACCCUCGGCGUCGUUCUUCCUCGUGUACGCAAAGGGCCACCUGAGAACCGUGCUCGUGCAUCCCAGAUGCUACGCGAAUGUUUCGACCAGCCCGACAUGCACCCCGCAGGCGCGGAGAUCGCACGGCAUGUCGAGAGUAAGCUGGAGAAGACGAACGAAUGGAGCGAGACUGUUGAGGAGAUUGGGGCGUUGCUUGCACGCGAGAUUUCAUUCCCGCAGCCGUUCCAGCACACCUUGUUCCAGGCGGGUGGUCUGGUCGAUCCGCCCAAACGCGUCCAAUCACGUUUCUUCGUUGAUCGCCAUUCUUUCGUCUUCACCAACGAAACCGAGGAGGAGGGCACGUACGACACGUUCAUCGUCGGCUUCAACACUAUCGCACAUAUGUCCGUCAGCAAGACCGGUCUCGUUACUGGACAGCUCACCACACCGCCAGGCGGCGGUCCGCAUGGAGCGCUUGCACGCCGGCCGUCGGGGACCGUACCGCUCAGUUUGAUGUUCAAGGUCGAGGUUUCGCGAGCCGAACACUUGUACAACACGCUCGUUGACCGGAAUCUCAAGAGCGUUGCGUGGAAGGAUAUGACGCAGGGCAAGACAAGGAAGCAGUUCUCGAUCUCUCAGGAGCCCGCGCGUCUCGAUUUUGUGGAUGGAAAGAACGCGUAUGAGCCGACUACGUCUGAGAAGGCGCGUAUGGUAGCUGAAGGCGUUGACAAAGCCAGCGAGGCGGGUGACGAGCAGCCCAUCGGCGACGAACUUGCUUUCACUGCGGAAGUGCAAGUUGUGAGGGUGCCUCCUGCGCCGUCCCGCGCACAGCACGAGCCCAAGCAACCCCGCGCAAAGGAGCCCCUACCCUCUCUUACAGAGAGGCUCACACAGAUCACCACCCCAGGCUCGACACCUGUACCACGCCCAGCACCCGUACCUCCACCUGACGUCUCCCCAGGACCUUAUAUCGAGUCUCCGCCGUCGACAUCUCUUUCGAAGCCAGCGCCGACGCGGCGGCCUUCGUUCUCGUCCAAGUUCACGGAUCUCCUGACGAAGGCAAACUCCAACGCCUCUAAACCGACUUCUCACGCUUCGAAGCCGGACUCGUCCAAAUCCUCAAAGGUCAUAGCGCCUGCGUCUUCCAAAAGUCGAGCCCCAUCGAAGCCGGCAGUAUCGCUGCCGAAGACGUUAAGCAUCACAAGCCACGAGGAAUUCCAAAACUCGUCGCAGGAGCGCCAGGCAGAGAUAGAGGGAGACAUGUUCGGAACCUCUGAAUCGCUCUCUGAGCUCUCUGAUCAAGAGUCGGACGACGAUUCGAUACCCGAAGCUGCGCGUAUACGGGCGCGUAAAGCGCAAGAGAGGGGGCAGAGCGUCAAGGGUGGAAGGAAGUCUGGGAUGCGCGUCGUGGACUCGAACGAUGGGCAGCCACCUGCUUCAUCCUCAACGCGCAAACGCAAGGCCGCGGAGAUAUCAGAGAAUGGAGGAUUUCAACCCGAGCGUCGUACUUCGCCUCGUUUAUCCCAGGCUGCUCCGGUAGUGAAGGAAGUCCCUCCCAUGGUCGACGAGCCCGCGUCGGCCAUGUCUCCACCUCGCUUCCCCUCCCUCGUCGCGCAGGAUGUUGCAGCGCCGGCUCCGGUGAAGAAGAAACCUCCACAGCGGCCGAAGGGAAAGGCCGCCGCUGCUUCGAAGGUCUCAGAGGACGCGAGCAGCACAUCUGCACCGGCGAAGAAAGCGGCAAACGCGAGCAAGAAGGCCGCGGAAACCCUCGCAGACGCGUCUGACAGCUCUCCACCCGGCGCGAGCAAGAAGACUCCCGCGCAGACCAAGGCUACCGUUGCGAGCACCACAGCCCCCGCAGCGCCCAAGAAGAAGGCCGAGCCGGCGCCGGCGCCUAUCACUUCCGCUCUCGCACAGCCCGCUGAAGGCCGCACACGGCCCACGCGCGCGUCGGCCGCUGCUGCUUCGAAGAAGAUCGCGCAAGAUGCGGGCGUAUUGAAUCAAUCUACGCAGUCUUCGUCACCGAGUGUUGCAGGUCAUGGGUCGUCUUCGACUGCUGUCGAGGGUCAUCGUGCACGCAGCGCCGCUUCUGCAUCCGCGGAACCUGAGCCUGCUAAGCCCACUGCCACUCGCGAGACUGAGGUUCAAGAGUCGUCCACCUCUCCACCAGCUGCAACUUCAGCGCGCGGCAAGCGUAAGCGCGAAGAGGAAGUCCAGCCAACGUCCGACGCAUCGGUCCAUCUUCCCAAGCGCCGUCGCAGUAAUCCCAAAACGCCGGCCGCGCCAUCUGGACCUAAGCCGAAGGCGCCUCCUGCACGCCCUACCAAACCAGCAGCACGCAAGUAUGGCACUCGCGGCGCGGCUAAGGAGAAGGAUCCGAACACGUCGGCAUCCGAGGUGAACUUCGACUCCAUCCCGGGAUCGAGUCCCAAGUCGCCUCUCGAGGAGAUGCUCGCGCAGACGAGGGGUCCGCGAUCGAGCUCGCCGGCGCCGCUUACUGUGGCGGGUCCAUCAAAGGUUGGGGCGAUGCGGGGGAAGGGCGCGAGCGCGAAGGAGCCCGCGAAGACGAAGGGGCCUGUUGAAGAGGCUAUUGGGAAGCGAGAGAUCAAGCGGCUUCCGCGUAGGGUUGCUGCUCAGCGCGCACCCCAUCUAUCACCCACGGAGAAUAGCGAGCGCACAGGCGACAUCGACUCUGUUGCUCCUGCGUCAACGCCGCCAUCUCAUGUACCCCAUGCGUCGAAGACCAAUGCUCCUCGUCCUGGGCAUGCAAGCUCGAAGGCGCCUCGAUCUCGUGGUGAUGCUUUCGAUGACAUUACUACUUUGUUCGACGAGCAGGCGGGAUCAGCAACUGCAGAGCGUGCGCGCGCGCCUGGUCCCGUUCAGCGCAUCGCACCUGAGUUCGACUUCGGGGAAUCAUCGCCGGAGGAAGGGGAAGCCGCUCCUGCUCCGGCUCUGAACGAUGAAGCAGAUGUGGAGCCCGCUGCUGUCGAAGAAGUAGAUGUCGCGGAGAUGUUUGACGACGUGCAAGUAUCCGUACAGGCACCAACGGCUAAACGUGCAAGCCUGAAGGAUGCUACUAUGGAGGGCGAGACGCUUUACGACGAUGUGGAUAUGCUUGACGCUACUAUCAACAUCAGCCCCCCUCGACUCAGUGCUGCGGCGAAGGGAAAGGCUCGUCUCUCCUCGCCUGUUAUCAUCGAAGCCGCCGCGGAGGCCAUCGAUACCUUUGAUGUCGACUUCGAGUUCGAUGGCGAGGCUGGGAUUGACCCGGCCUCGGACUCCGCGAAAGAAGACCCCAAAGUCAGCGACAAGUCUUCGUCGUCUGAAUCGUAUCGCGAGAAGUACACGGACAUCACGCUCCCGCUCAAAGGAGAGAAGGAGGACUCUGCUCCACCGUUCGACGUCUAUAUGUCUUGUGAAGAUGUCUCUCUUCCGUCGUUUGACGAAGAGCCGGAAGAGCAUGUUGCCGUUCGUAGCAAGAAGAGCGUUGCGUUUGCCGAGGCUGAAGCAGCUCCUCGGCAGAAGCCUACGCCAUUCGCGCCACGCACUCAAGAGCAGCCUAUCGCAGCGCCGCGCGCUUCGACGUCCUCCAAUAGACUCUCGCCUAUUCGCGUCUCUCACGUUGAACCACAGGAGGAACGGCCUCGCCUCUUCCAGGCCAAGGCGGCGAAGACCGCUUCACCAGCUCAGCCUCGUCGCUCCGGUCCUCCGCGUCGUAUACCUCUCAAAUCUCGCACGCCGGUGAUCGCCGAGGAGAAGCAGCAAGAGCAGGAGCCCAUGGACCGCGUCUUGGAGAUCAUGGACGAGAUCAACACCAUUGUCAAGGUCAAGAUCCGCACCGGCUUCUCCGGCGUCGACCAGCGAGUGAUCAACAUGCGCAACCGCUUCCUGCGCCAAGCCGCGGAUGACAUACGUGCCCAACUUCCUGAAUAUAUCGCAACCUAUAACGAGCUCCUUGAGCUUCACGAGGCCUACUGCGCUUUCGCAGUGCGCAAGCAGGCAGCCAUCAGUCAUGCUGAGCAGCUCGCGAAUGAGGGUGUGCGUCAGGUCAAAGAGAUCAUCCGCGCGCACGAUCUUCGUGCGGUUGAGAUGGCUAGAAAUAGGCCGGUCAUGCCGCCGCUACCUAAGAGUGUCACUAAGUGGCUGACUUGA